AUGGACCACACCACCAUUCUUCUUUUCUGCCUUAUCUUCCUGACUCUGAGUGGGACUCAAGGAAUGCCUUUCUCUAGAAAUAUACGCUGCUCCUGCAUCAAAAUUUAUGAUCGGCCUGUUAAUCCAAAGUCUUUAGAAAAACUUGAAAUGAUUCCCGCAAAUGUAAACUGCUCAAAAACUGAGAUCAUUGUCACAAUGAAAAAAAGUGGGGAAAAGAGAUGUCUUAAUCCAGACUCUAAGAAUGUCAAGAAUAUACUGAAAGCCAUCAGCAAAGAAAGGUCUAAAAGGUCUCCCAAGAAACCAGGAGAAGCAUGA